AUGCCUCGUAGGAAGAACUGGAGGGUAGCUUUGGCAAAGAUGGGAAACCAGAGUCGAGCCAGCAAUGACAGUAGACUUGUGGACACUGGCCACAUAAAAAACAGUACCAAGGACCCAACAAGUGACAUGACAGUUGACGGACCUUCGAGACUCGUGGACACUAGCCACGUAAAAAAUAGUACAAAAGACCGGGGGGAUACUGCCUCCUUAAAAAGAGUACACAAUUUGCCUUCGGGCGCCAGAAACAUUGCAGAUUUACCUUCGGGUGCUAGAUACAUUGCUGAAAACAUUGCUAUAAACUCUGCCAAUUUGCCUUCGGGCUCUUCAAACUAUGCUACGAAUUUGCCUUCUGGCUCUACAAACUAUUCCACCAAUUUGCCUUCAGGCUCUACAAACUAUGCUACCAAUUUGCCUUCAGGCUCUACAAACUAUGCCAUCAAUUUGCCUUCAGGCUCUACAAACUAUACUACCAAUUUGCCUUCAGGCUGUACAAACUAUGCUACCAAUUUGCCUUCAGGCUCUACAAACUAUGCUUCCAAUUUGCCUUCAGGCUCUACAAACUCGACCAAUUUGCCUUCAGGCUCUACAAACUCUGCUACCAAUUUGCCUUUGGGCGCUAUAAACUCCACCAGUUUGCCUUUAGAAACAUGCAUGCCUAUCAGUGAGAAAACAUUGCCUAUAACAAAAUUAUUUGGAACAAUUAAUCAAUCUAGUAAUUUGUUUCCAGCUUUUUCACGAGGAGUUCAGUGCACAUGCAAUGCUUUGAUGUCCAUCAUUCUGCAAAAUACAUCUACUUCAGUACAACUUGAUGGUGUAUUAUUUGCUGGAGAUGAUUUAUUUAGAGUCAGAAUCGCAGAAUUACAAUCAUCUGUUCAAUUUGUAUCAAAAAUGCUACAAUUUCAAGAACUUCCGAGGUCUGUGUACGUCAAUGACAACCAGUAUGAAAUAUGCUAUUUUGAAGAAAUUUAUGGAACAGUGACUCAUAUCAGUUGGGAUCAAUCAUGUCAAAGUAAUAAUUUGAAAGAAGGCAUUGAGUUGCUCUUUUUAAGGUACAAGCAGGGAUUAAUUAUUGUUGGAGGAAUUUGCUCUGCAAUAUAUCUGAAUGAAGAGAACUCUCCUGUAUUUUUUGAUUCACAUUCCCAUGGAGAGGAUGGUCUCUCAUCUGCAGAUGGUAGAGCUGUUAAAAUUACUUUCAGUGAUAUUGAUCAACUUGUGGAUUACUUGUUUGCAUUUUAUCAAAGUUGCAAUAUUUCAAUGAUAAAUCAAUUUGAGAUACAACCAUUGUCUGUAAUGCAAAAAUCAAAGGUGUCCAUUUCAGGAAGUGAAAGACUAUCUUUAAUUGACAAGUAUUUUGAGUUCCAAGAGAACAUGUCAAGCUCACAAGCAAAUAGAAAAGAAUAUAUGAGAAAUUACAUGCGAAAAAGGAGGGAAAACUCAGAAACAAGGAAAAGUGACAAUGCACUGUGUGGAAGAAGUAAGAGUAAAGCAAGAUUAAGUAAAGACUUCAAAGAAAAAGAACUUGCUACCAAAAAACUUGCCAGAGAAAACCCACAGACAAAGCAGAAACACAGGCAAAGCACUUUGAAAAGUAAAACUAAAGCAAGACUUAGUAAGGAAUAUAAAGAAAAAGAACUUGCUGCCAAAAAAAUUGCCAGAGAAAAUCCAGAGACAAAGCAGAAAGAUAGAGAAAGUGCUUUGAAAAGUAGAUCUAAAACUAGACUUAAUAAAGAUUUUCAAGAAAAAGAACUUGCUGCAAAAAAACUUGCCAGAGAAAAUCCAGAGACAAAGCAGAAAGACAGAGAGAGUGCUUUGAAAAGUAGAUCUAAAGCUAGACUUUGUAAAGAUUUUCAAGAAAAGGAACUUGCUGCCAAAAAACUUGCCAGGCAAAAUCCAGAGACAAAGCAGAAAGACAGAGAAAGCAAUUUGAAAAGUAGAACUAAAGCAAGACUUAGUAAAGAAUAUAAAGAUAAAGAACUUGCUGCCAAAAAAAUUGCCAGAGAAAAUCCAGAGACAAAGCAGAAAGACAGAGAAAGUGCUUUGAAAAGUAGAUCUAAAGCUAGACUUUGUAAAGAUUUUCAAGAAAAGGAACUUGCUGCCAAAAAAAUUGCCAGAGAAAACCCAGAGACACAACAGAAAGACAGAGAAAGUGCUUUGAAAAGUAAAACAAAAGCAAGGCAAAAUCCAGAAUUUAGAUCAACAGAAAGAGAAGCAAAAAGAGUGAAAAGAGACAAUGUGCAGCAGGUGGAGAAGGAACGUUUAUAUAAACAGCAAAGUAGAAGAAAUAACAGAGAAAAUGAGAGGGAGACGGAAAAAGUUUCUAAGGCUAAAAGAAGACUUGAUGCAGAAUUCAAAGACCAUGAAAACAAAUUAUUGAAGAAAAGAUGUUAUGGAAAUUGUUUAGAUGACUGCAUCAAGAAAUUCCACGAUCAAGUAAAAAUUGGCCCAAUUUAUGUGUGCACAUGUUGUCAUCAGACUUGGUUUUUCAAAAGCGUUGUGAAGUUGGAUACAAUUAAUCUUAGUGUAAGUAGUAAGAGUAUCUGUACUGGGUUCAGAUCUGUGGAUGACAUAGAAUGGCUUUGCUUAACUUGCUGUUCAGCUCUGAAGGAUGAGAGAAUUCCAAGACUUUCAGUUAAAAAUGGAAUGAUAUGGCCUGACAAACCGGAUGCUUUAAAUUUACACCCACUGGAAGAGAGGUUGAUAGCUCAACGGAUACCUUUUAUGCAAAUAAGAGAAUUACCAAGAGGAGGUCAGAUGUCGGUCAAAGGAAAUGUUGUAAAUGUUCCAGUUGAUAUUCAGCCAACUGUGAAUGCCCUUCCACGACAAAUAGAUGAGCAUGUAACUAUAGCUGUGAAAUUAAAGAAAAGAUUAUCUCACAAAUCUGCAUGCUUCACAGAAAAUGUUCGUCCCAAUGUGGUGAUAAGUGCUUUACAAUGGCUAAUGAAAAAUAGUGAAUUGUAUAAAAAUUCAGGAAUAGUGAUAGACCAUUCUUGGAGAGACAAAAUUGAAAAAAGUAAUGAGGAAACAGUACAAGAAUUGGUAGGAUCUUCAAAUGAUAGUGAUGAUCGUGAAACGGAAGGAAAUGAUGAUGGUUUUUGUGAAGUUUCCUCAGAUGAUUGCAUUCAGGGCAAUUCUGAUACACUUGUAGAUGAAGCAGAUAUUGAUACAAAUAAACUCUAUGUGUUUGCCCCUGGAGAAAACCAAAAACCAAUAAGUUUAUUUACAGAUAAAGAUGCAGAAUAUCUCUGUUUUCCAACAAUAUUUUGUGGUCAACGCAGAGUUGAAAAUGAGGAAAGAGAAGUUCCAGUACACUACAGUGAUAUUGCAAAGUGGGAGUUGCGCAGUGUUGAUAGACGAGCAGCACAAUCUGUGCCAAACAUCUUUUUUAAAUUGAAGAAAAUUCAAAUUAAGCAAGUUAGUGACAAAGUUAACUUGGCAUUGAGAAGAUGUAAAUCAGAUGGUAAGAAAAUCACCGCAGAACAAGUUUUAGAUCCAGCCUCUGCGGAAAGAAUUGUGAGAUUAAAUGAAGGGUAUUAUAUUUUCAGAACACUUCGAAAUUCUCCUGCAUAUCUUUCAUCUAAAAAGAAAGAUGUUUUUGCCAUGAUAAGGCAGUUGGGUCUUCCAACUUGGUUUAUCUCACUUUCAUCAGCUGAUACCAGAUGGCAAGAUCUGCUUAAAACAUUGGCAACACUAGAUGGAAAACCCCUGUCACAAGAAGAAUUAGAGGAUUUGAAUUGGAGUGAAAAAUCAAAACUAGUUAAACAAGAUCCAGUGACAUGUGCUAGAUUCUUUGACAACAGAGUUCAACUUUUCAUCAAUACUGUUCUUAAGAGUCCUCAUAAUCCUCUAGGUGUUGUCACUGAUGUGUUUCGAAGGGUAGAAUUCCAAAACCGAGGUUCGCCACAUAUUCAUAUGCUGGUAUGGACAAGUGAUGCCCCAAAGCACAAAGAAAAUAGCAAUGAAGAAAUUGAAGCUUAUGUAGAUAAGUAUGUCACAUGUGGUUUGCAGGAAAAUAAUCCUCAAAUGAAGCAACUUGUAGAUCUUCAAGUACAUAAACACUCAAAAACUUGCAAAAAGGGUGGUAGAUCUGUAUGCAGAUUUGGAUUUCCUUUGCCACCUUUGCCCAAAACUAUGCUUCUUGAACCCUUGGAUGUUAAUGUUGAACACUAUAGAAAGAUGUAUUCUGAUAUUCAGAAGAAAAUGAAUGAUUACAAAGAUGGUUGCAGUUUAGACUAUGAGUCUUUCUUAGAAACUGUUGUAGAAAUGUGUGAGGAUGAGUAUAUAAAAUGUAUUCGAGCUUCCUUGAAAGGUCCUAAAUUGUUUCUUAAGAGAAGUCCAUCUGAGAUGAGAGUGAAUUACUAUAACUCAUCAGUGUUGAAGGCCUGGAAUGCUAACUUAGAUAUUCAGUUUGUACUUGAUCCUUAUGCAUGUGCCACAUACAUUGUUGCUUAUAUCAGCAAAUCUCAGAGAGGGAUCAGUGCAAUGCUUGAUAAGGCAUCUCAAGAAGCCGCAGAGGGAAAUAUGGAUCUUAAGCGACAAGUUCGACAUAUUGGAAACAAGUUCUUAAACUUUGUUGAGGUCAGUGCACAAGAGGCAAGUUACUUAAUCCUUCAGAUGCCACUUACACAAGCAAGUAGAGAGGUUGUUUUUAUCAAUACCUCACCACCUGAAGACCGAGUUUUCUUACUCAAACAUCAAGAUGAAUUGAAUGAGUUGCCCAAGGAUUCAACUGAUAUUAAGGCAGAUAGUAUGAUACAAAGAUAUGCAAGAAGACCAAAACAGCUAGAAAAUUGGUGUUUAGCUGAUGUUGUGUCUGAAUUGGAAGUGACUUUCCCAAAAGAAAUCAGAAAAGAUAUACAAGAGGAAAUGAAUGAUGAUAAUCCAGAAGAUAAUUCUCAGGAAACUUUUACUGAUCUGGAUGUAUUAGUUCAUUUGAAAAAUGGGAUUAAGAUCAGAAGACGAAAAAACAAACGAGUUAUUAGAUAUGUAGGCUACAGCCAAAAAACAAAUUCUGAACAGUAUUACAGAGAAAGAAUUCUUCUCUUUCUGCCUUGGAGAAACGAGAAUGCUGACCUACUUGGUAGUCAUCAAACUUAUGAACAGCAUUACAUUCAAAAAGCAAGUAUAAUACAAAUGAAGCAAAGGCAGUAUGAGCAUUUUGUGGAUGAAUUAGAACAAGCUCGGCUUCUAGCUGAAGAAGAUCUUGAUGAUCUGGAGACAGUAGCACCAAAUACAGAACAUGCUGAGGCAGAAGAUGCAGAGAUAGGUUCUGAACCAUCUGAGGAAUUUGUUCAUUUUGAUCCUGAUACAGUUCAACACAGAGAAUUUGAUAUUGGACCAGAACUUGGAUUGUCCUCAAAAGUAACUGAAACAGAAAUGAGUGCUGUACGCAUUCCUGAUCAGCAGUAUCAUAAACUUUUACAAUCCCUGAAUACUAAGCAGAGGGAAUUUUACAAUCAUGUAACUAACUGGAUUCAAACCAGAGAUGAACCAUUAUAUGCGUUUCUAACUGGUGGAGCAGGUGCAGGAAAAUCAGUGGUUAUUGAUGCCAUUUUUCAAACAUUACACAGAAUACUGUACUCAAAAGAAGGUGAAAACCCUGAUGACACCAGAAUAUUACUUUGUGCUCACACUGGCAAAGCUGCAUACAACAUCAAAGGGACUACUAUUGCAUCAGCAUUUCACAGAAAAAUGUAUCAAACUCAGCAGCACAUGAGUGCAGAUGAACUGAACUCAUUUAGGACAAAGUACCGGAAUUUGUCAGUUGUAAUAAUAGAUGAAAUUUCAAUGGUAGGGAAUAAUAUGUUGUCAUUUAUAAAUGAUAGACUUCAACAACUUACUGGGAGAAAACAAGAUUUUGGUGGGAUUAGUAUCAUAGCUGUAGGUGAUUUGUAUCAGUUACCACCAGUUGGAGACAAGUGGAUUUUCAAAGACCUAUCUAAUCCUGGUCAGAGUUUAGCAAAAAAUUUGUGGCAUGAACAUUUUUAUAUGCAUGAACUAACUGAAAUUAUGAGACAAAAGGAUGACCUCAGAUUUGCAGAAAUGUUAAACAGACUUCGUGAAAACAAGAUGACAGACGAAGACAAGGAACUCAUUUCACAACGUUUCAUCAGGCAAGACUCUCAAGACUAUCCUAAGGAGGCACCUCAUCUGUUUAUUGAGAACAAGUUUGUUGAUUGUUUUAAUAACAAUCUAAUAGAAAACCUUUCAACAAAUAAAGUAACUGUUAGAGCAGACACAGAUGUGUUAUCACAGACAAAACUUUCUGCAUCAAUGAAAUUGAAACUAGUUCAAAACUUGCCUGAAAACCCAGCAUCUACUGGACAAUUAAGAACAAAUUUGGUUAUUGCUGUAGAUAUGCUAUAUGACAUAUCAGUAAAUCUCGAUGUUACAGAUGGUUUGACAAAUGGUGCUUCCUGUGUUGUGAAAUACAUUGAAUAUAAAGAAUCGCAAUUAAGGCCUGCCAUAGUAUGGGUACUGUUUGCUGACUCAAGUAUAGGUAUCUCACGAAGACAUCAAUACAGGCAUUUGUUUAGCACAAAUGUUAAUACUGCAUGGACUCCCGUAUUUGAAGCUAAAAGAACGUUUGUUUAUAACAGGAAGACAUAUGAGAGAGUUCAGUUUCCACUCCAACCUUCUGCUGGAAAAACAAUCCACAAAGCACAAGGAGCAACUCUUUCAAAGGCAGUAAUCAACCUAGCACAGACAAAGCAGCGCAAAAUUUCUCAUAUACAUUAUGUUGCACUCUCAAGAGUAAGGUCACUUGAUGGUCUGUUCAUUCUGGAUUUCAAUGAAAAAAGUCUUUCAAAAGAUGAAACUGUUGAUAAUGAGAUGGACAGGUUAAGAGAAAAUAGAUUGCAACUCUCAUAUACACCACUAUACUCAGUAUGUAAAGACAUAAAAUUUUUGUUCAACAAUGCCAGAUCCCUACACAAACACUUCCUUGAUAUAAAAUCAGACCCAAGUGUUUUAGCUGCAGAUGUUAUUGGUAUAGCUGAAUCUUGGCUUUGUGAAUUAGAUUCUGAUGAAGACUUUACUUUAGAGGGUUUUACAAUGUUCAGGAAUGAUGCAAGUUCUUCCCAGAGCAGACCACAUCAUGGUAUUGUCAUAUAUCUGAGAAAUCAAUUACAGUGUGCUUCAUACAAGUAUUUCACUUCCAAAUCUGUUGAAUUUUCCAUAAUUUCCAUUAUGCCAUCCAAUACUCCAAUACAGUGUGUAGUUUUAUAUAAACAACCUUCUUGUACUCUUCAACUCUUUUACGAUACCUUGAAAAACAGGUUGCUCCCAUUUGUUGACAAAGAUGAAAAGACUGUGAUAAUGGGAGAUUUUAAUUUGGAUUUAAGUACUGGUCAAUAUGCACAUUUCCUGAACUUUAUGAAAGAAAAAUUGGGUUGUGUGCAAAUCAUAAACAAGGUAACCACAAAGAAUAAGACACAGUUAGACCUAAUAUUUACCAACUUUACUGAUUUACAAACAGAUGUUCUAUCGGCUUAUUGGUCUGACCAUAAUAUGAUUUAUUGUGCUGCAGAUUUGACUUAA